AUGGACCCCGAAAGUGACAAUGAGAUGGACCUGGCCUUGGCCCACCUGGCAGCGGAGGGCGAAGGCCACCGCCUGUCGGUGCUGAACCCCAGCCUGGACGACCAGUUCGACCUGCGCCAGCUGGCGGUGUGCGUGCGCAUCCGCCCCCCCAUCACCGCCGGCGCGCCGCGCUGGGACAGCGAGAACUGCAUCCACGCCACCUCGCGCCACGGCCUGGCAAUCGCGCCGCCGCCCGGCUCGGCGGCCUACGCGGCGGGCGACCGCGGCCAGACCUACGCCUUCUCCGCCGUGUUUGACGAGCACACCAGCCAGGCCGACUAUUACGCGGCCACCACCGACGCACUGGUGCGUGACUGCCUCUCCGACCCCGCCCACUCCAGCCUGAUCAUGGCCUACGGCAUCACCGCCGCGGGGAAGACCUUCACGCUGGAGGGCAGCCGCCGCGCCCCCGGCCUGGAGGACGCCGAGGGGCGGGUGUUCGUGGCGGGGCUGUCCCAGGCCGAGGCGGCCAGCGCGGAGCACGCGCUGUGCCUGCUGCGCAGGGGCGCGCGCCAGCGCGCGCGUGCCGAGACGGGGCUAAACUACGCCUCCUCCCGCUCCCACUCCGUUUUCCAGAUCACGCUGUACCCGCCCGCGCGGCUGGGGGAGCCGGCCAGGAACGACCCCGGCGAGCGGCUGGGGACCAUGUCCUUUGUCGACCUGGCCGGCUCGGAGCGCGCGCAGCGCACCGGCAACGUCGGGCUGCGCCUCAAAGAAAGCGUGGCCAUCAACUCCUCCCUCAUGACCCUGGGCCGCUGCCUGGAGGCCCUGCGCUGGAACCAGCAGCACCGGGAGGGCCCCUUGCGUGUACUGCCAUACCGCGAGAGCAAGGUCACCCACCUCUUCCGCGACGCGCUGCACGGCUGGGGGCAGGUGGUCCUGUCCGUGAACGUCUCUCCCUGCGCCAAGGACUACGACGAGACCACCCACGUCCUGCGGUACGCCGCCACGGCCUCCCAGAUCGGCACGUUGCGCGCGGUGGAUGCGCCGCGGCGCGUGGUCAAGGCCGUGACCCCCGCCGUCGUGGCCCGGGCCAAGAGGAAAGCGGCGCUGCCUGCCGAGGCCCGCGGGGCCGGGAAGAAGAGGGACAAGGGCGAUCCAGAGGCAGCGCUGCAGGCGGCAGACGCGCAGGCGGCAGGAAAGGGCGCCCAGGCGGCAUCCCAUAUCGCAAAGCCCCGCCCCACCACCUCUCCCCUCGAGGACGAGAGGGCACCAGCCUCGCCCCUGUCCGACCGAGUCCAGUCAGCUCUUGAAAAUGGCACUCCGCUGAGCGCGGACCAGCAGGGCGAGUGGGCGACCCCUGGCUCCGGGGCCGAAGAGGAGGAGGUGGGGGCCCUGCGUGCUCACGUCGACCUCCUGCUGAAGGAGCUCAAGGAUGCCGAAGAAAGGGCGGCGAGGAUGGAGUUCGAGGUCAGGGCGGAGGUGGCCGCGGAGAUGGGGGCGCUGAUGGAGGAGAUGGAGCGCAACUACUCUGCCCGCCUGGCCGCCGAGGCCGGGCGCGGCGCCGAGGCGGGGCCCCGCAGCGGUGACGCCGGCGCGGGGCUGUCUGCGCAGCUGGCCGACGCAUGCAGCACGGCGGCGGGCCUCCGCGCCAAGCUGGCAGAGGCAUGCGCUGCGCUGGAAGAGACUCGCCCCGAGCUGGCAGAGGCGCGCGCCGAGCUCGAAGCGCGAGAAAUGGAGCUGGAGGGGUGCCGGGCAGAGCUUCAUGACGCGCGAGAUCAGCUCUCGCAGAAGGCGGAGCAGCUGUCGAGUGCAGAGGCGGCGCUGGCCUCCGAGCGUUCUCGUUUUCGAGCAGAGCUGGUCGCCGCGGAAGCAAGCCUCGGGGCGGUCCAAGCCGAGCUGGCUGAGGAAAGCGCCGCCCGGGAGGCACUGCAGCGCCAGCUGGCAGAAGAAAGCGCCGCCCAGGAGCGGCGCCGGCAGGAAGAGCUGGAGCAGGCCGGGGUGAAUCGCGCCAUGGAGGUGGAGAUGCUGGAGGCGCAGGUGCAGCGCGCGCGGCGGGAGCAGGCGGCGCUCACUGUGCGCCUGGAGGGCGCCCUCUCCGCGCUGGCCAGCCUGGGUUCCCCAACCCGGCCCCUCGCCGCCACGCUGGCCGCGGCCGGCGCCGGCGGCGGGCAAGAGCGGGGCCCGGGCGGCACGCCGCACGACGAGGCCGCGGUGGGGGCCUCCGGCUCCCCCGGGCCCGCCACGCAGGAGACGGUGGGGACGGGGGGCCAGGGCGCGGCGCGGCAAACCCCGGAGCAGGCCCCUGCGCGGCCGGUGCCGGGGUCGGGCGCGCUGCGCCCCAGCCGGCCAUCCACGGCGGAGGAGGCGGCGGCGGCGGGCGCGGCUGUGCAGGAGGGCCGGGCCCAGAGGCGGCGCACCAUGGCCAGGAAGAAGAGGGGGCCCAGAGCCGGGGCGCGGGGCGCAGCGUCGCCUCGCGAGUCAGAGCGAGGGCCUCCGGCUGUGACCCCGGCUGCGGAGGGGUCCAGCCAGGUCCAGGGCAGUGCCCGGGAGGCUCUGGAGGCCAGGGAGGAGCCUGCCGAGGCCACCGACAAGAUUGACGAGACCACCAACCAGGCUGCCGAUCCAGGCGAUGGGGCUCCUGCGUCCGCCGCUGGCCCGAGCGGCAGAGGGACAGGGCGUGAUGCCGCCCCGCCUGCGGCGCCGGGGGAGGGCAGGGCGGCGAGGCGGGGCAGGCGCCAGACUCGGGCCGCAGUUCUGGCCGCUCCGAGACCGCCCGAGGAGGAGGAGGUGCCCGAGGAGCUGGCAGCACAAGGAUCCUCGCCCAGACCAGCUGAGCAGGCCGGCAGGGGGAGGAGGAAGGGGCGGCAGGGCGUGACCUUCGCACUCGACGUCGACCUGGAGGCGGCGGAGGCCAACUCUGCUCCUGCGGCGGCUGCCAGGGGCAAAGUUGCCGCGCCCACGUCGCCGGCCAAGCGCCGGGGUCGCAAGAGGCUGCUCCCGCCCCAGCCCCUCGACGCGGAGCUGGCGGAGGCCCUGGGAGACUGGGGCGGCGGCGCCAAGGCGCCAAGCUCGAUGCACGGCUCCCGCACCCAGGCCGUUGCCGCGGCUGAGCCAUCGCGGAGGCUGACGCGGCGGUUUGUUGCCGCGCAGCAGCUUCACGGCCGGUAG